AAGAAAAGUAACUAAAAUUUCCCUGCAUCCUGAUUGGUCCAAUUUUUACUCUUCAACCUCCAUCUCCAACGCAUGAUGCGAUACGAGCUUAAGGCGCGACACGAGUUUCACGUUAGAAUAGAUUGUCCAAUUACAAUUGCAAGUCGCGGUUGUUGAUGUAACACACAUGUCUCGAAUGUUGAUACGUUUUCCCUCUUUUUCAUCGCGCGUACCUAAUUAAAGCCACUCGUUCAAAGUUACGUAAUAAUUAUAAACCAGCGAAAGGGUUGCUUAGACAGUGUUGUUUCAAAAAGAGAGAAAGAAGAAGGAAGAGCGAGUUAUGUGCGCGCACGACGUAAAUAACUCUCUGUACAUCGAGACCUCGCGAGCGCAAGGAUGAGGCUGGGAACGUCAAUCCACUUGGAAAAGUAGACUCUCGUGGCUCAAGGCCAAAGCGGUCGACAACAUGGCCAGGUUUGAUACGUCGCAGUUGCGCGCGUCGUAAAAGUGCACCCAUACCGGAAUAAUCGCCGUCCCCCGACCUGGGUAUACGCCCCCGUUGCUCCGUUCGCGGAAGAGCGGCCUAGAACAUGCAAGGAGCGCGCAUCGUCACGGAAUGAAUAGCAAUGAACUGGGAUAGGUGUGGCAGAAGGCGUGAAAAAGGAAAGGAGAGCGCUAUCGGGAAGGAAUGGCGUAGUGCUGCGCGCACGUGUAUAUGUAUGUAACAAGCGGGACGCUCGAGUGAUUACGUGGCUUCGCGCGAGAGAGAGCAUCUCAUCUCGUCCCGAUUCAUUGGCACUCCGGUAUUUCGUUUCGACAAUUGCUCUGGUGCUUCUGUGUAUAUUUAUAUAUAUACAUAUAUAUAUACAUGUACAUACACGUGUUUUUCACGCAAACAUAAUAGUGUAUGUCAUCAUCGCCGAGUGUUAUUCCUGCGCCUAUGCGUCUCCAUUCGUCGCGCGGAGAUCUGUGUGGCAGCGAGAGGGGAAGGUUGACAGCGGCGGCGACGACAGUAGUGACGUCACAGUGGUGAUGUGGUGGGGGGUGACGCGAGCGAGAGAGUGAGGUUAGCUUGUGUGCGUGUGUCGCGCUCGCUCUCUCCCUCUCUCUUUCUCUCUCUUUCUUUCUCUCUCUCCUUCUCUCCCUUCGUUCUCGCACGCGCGUGCCAAUCGCCUCUCUCUCUCUCUCUCUCUUUCUCCCUCCCUCCCGUUCUACUCGCUCGCACGCACGCUCGUCCAUCCGUCCGUCUGUCGGCUGGUGCGCGCGCGCGCGCGCGCGCGUUAACGGAAUUCGCGAUCGUGCACGCAGGGACCACCGACUAAUGUUUAAAUGGACGCAUCGUCCAUUAUCACCCAAGUGUCGCGGGAUGACGAGCUAGGCGCAUUCAACAGCGAGAAAGCUCAAUUACCUCGGGAGAAUGAAGCAGCCAGCAAUAGUCCAUCGAGCAGCAAGAAGCCGAGGGGACGCGGACUCCUGCGUUCUCUGCUCUGCUGCUUCGGAAGGGGUCGUGGCGGCAGCUCCAAGAGCUCCAAGUCGAGUUCUCUACAGGGAGAUGGUCGUGGCUCGCCGCCACCGGGUACCGGAUCUCCGAGAUUCCUCCUACCGCCGGUCAGGCACCAAGACAUGCACAAAAAGUGCAUGGUAAUCGAUUUGGACGAGACUCUGGUGCAUAGUUCAUUCAAACCGAUCAACAAUGCGGACUUUGUUGUUCCUGUAGAGAUUGAUGGAACGGUACACCAAGUGUACGUCUUAAAGAGGCCUUAUGUGGACGAGUUUUUGCAGAGAAUGGGCGAAUUGUACGAAUGCGUACUGUUCACUGCAAGCUUGGCCAAGUAUGCAGACCCAGUGGCGGAUCUUUUAGAUCGAUGGGGUGUAUUCAGAGCAAGAUUAUUCAGAGAAUCCUGUGUGUUUCAUAGAGGGAAUUAUGUUAAGGAUUUGAACAAAUUAGGUCGUGAUUUGCAGCAAAUCAUUAUUGUAGAUAAUAGUCCUGCCAGUUACAUUUUUCAUCCAGAUAACGCGGUUCCAGUGGCAUCUUGGUUCGAUGACAUGACGGAUUCCGAGUUACUGGAUUUAAUCCCCUUCUUCGAGAAACUCAGCAAUGUGGAAAAUAUCUACACAGUGUUGUGCAACAGUAAUCAUCCUUAUAAUCAGGUGCCCGCGCAGGCGGUGCAGAGUAAUCAGAGUCCGCCGGGAUUAGGCUCGCUGGCUGCUUCCUAGCCCCAUCUAAAUCCUGGCAACACAGCCAGUCUUGUCGCUCAAUGCACCUUCCGGAGGAUCCUGAGGGGACUGCUCCAU